AUGCAGACGGAAGAAGUCCAAUUUACUAUGUGCGACAACGCAAUGAACUAUUACCCCCCGGACGGCCUUAAAACGCCCCUCGACGCAUUUUUAUACUUCACAUUGACUUCAUUCUACACAUCGGUAGGCGGCGAUUUGAAAAUAGCGCCCGAGGAGUUGUCACUCGAGAAGAUUAUGCCAUUCAAGGUAUUUGAGCACAAACGACCGAACCAACAGAGUAUCUUUCUUAUAGUGAAGUAUGACCCCGACUUUAAAAUUCGCAACGCAUUCUUCAUCAUCAACGAAAACGUCUUCCCAGCAACUUCAUUGAGCACUUUGAUCUGUUGCCACGUCGACGAGAUCAUGUCGGACGUCGUCGACUUGUUCGAUCGACUCAAUGACACAGUCAAAAUCGACCCGUUGAAAGGACACGCUUGGUGUGGAGUCCCUUUAAUGUUGGAAGACUACACUACACCACUACCGGAACAAGAGUCCUUUAUCAACGAAAAGAAUGUGUAUGACGCUAUUGACUCCUUUCUAAAGGUUAAUCCUUUGAAUUGA